AUGGAUCAAGAGCCUGGUUUCAUUGCCGCCGUUGAGGAGGCCAAGCUGGGAUACGCCGAGGGCGGUGUUCCCAUUGGUGCUGCGCUGGUCUCCAAGGAUGGUCAGAUCCUGGGCCGAGGCCAUAACAUGCGCGUGCAAAAAGGGCAGCCCGGUUCUGCUGAGAUGUCUGCUCUGGAAAACUCCGGCCGACUGCCCGCCUCCGCCUAUGAAGGUGCAACCAUGUAUACCACCCUGUCACCUUGCGAUAUGUGCACUGGUGCUUGCCUGCUCUACAAGGUGAAGCGUGUGGUCAUUGGCGAGAACAAGAACUUCCUCGGUGGCGAGGAGUUGCUCAAGAGCCGUGGUAAGGAUGUUAUUGUCGUCGACAACCAGGAGUGCAAGGAUCUCAUGGAGAAAUUUAUGAAGGAGAAGCCAGAGCUUUGGAAUGAGGAUAUUGCCGUCUAG